AUGCCUGCCACUAGACUAUCGGCAAUGCUGUUUGUACUAUUUCUGUUGAAGUUUUGCGUUAUUGUGCGGGCCAUGGAUCAUAACCAAACCGAGUCACGUAAUGCUGAGUUUACCAUCGAGGAUAUUUUAUUGUUGAACCGGCAAUUCUUGGAUUUUCUCUUCGAGUAUGACAGAUCACAAGUGCUGCAACCGGAGGAUCACCGUUGUGUGAGCACAAUGCAACAACUUUCUUCGGCGUAUUUCAAUCGGGAACAACAUGGAUUGGAAUGGUUUGAUUCUUGGGGAAAGAUACCCUCAGGCAUGUACCACGGCAAUGGCAACGCAUUUGGAAACUACGAUCAGUGUCGUCAGUACAAUUGGCAAGAAGUUCGAGGACAACAUUGUACUUUCUUGGCUGCAGUAUCAAGUAAUUUGCCACCUCUUGUGUCGUCUUUGUGUGUACCUCAUUUUUGCGCCCCAGAGUUUGCGCGGCAGCUGUACGGAGAGUAUCUAGAGACCCGAGGAGUUGCAGUUAUAACCGCGAUUAGCCAGGAAUCGCUGUGCAUUAAAGAUCGUGAUGUGGUGUUCGACGGCGGUGUUGUUACGGCUAUUGUAAUAUUCUCAAUUAUCGCCGCAUUAGUAAUAUCUAGCACAACGUAUGAAUUGGUGCAAAUCCAACUGAAACGAGAUGUAGUUAAUCUGUACAGUUCGUUCUCACUGUACAGUAAUCUGCGAAGUAUCUUACACAUCGUCCCCAAACCAAAAAAUGUCGAAAAUAAAAUGAAUACGAUUGAAUGUGCCCACGGUAUCCGGGCCAUUUCGAUGAUCUGGAUUAUAGUUGUACACAUUCAUGAAAGUAUAUCGCCAGUUCCGGUUAACAAUAAUCCAGCGAGGAUGAGCUACCUUAGUAGCUUCGGAUCUGUAGUGAUGUUCGGAAUGGGCUAUUUGGCUGUGGAUACAUUUCUGGCACUGAGUGGAAUGCUAGUUGCUUGGAAUUUGCUUAAGGAGUUGGACAAAAAAGGAAAAAUCAACCCACUUAUGCUGUACCUUCAUCGGUACAUACGUAUUACGGCUCCUCUCGCGGCAUUAAUACUUUUUGUGGUUUCAUUCGCCAAGUACAUGGGUGAAGGCAUCCUAUGGAAGACUAUAUUGGAUGUAAGUGAUGAAACGUGUUCUCAGUACUGGUGGUCAGCUCUCUUGCAUAUUCAGAACUAUGUCAAUCCACGGAACAUGUGUCUCGGUUGGACAUGGUAUCUCUCUGUCGACAUGCAGUUGUAUAUUAUCAGCCCAGCUCUUAUCUAUCCUCUAUGGCGCUAUGGGAAGCGGGUUUUGAUCGGAAUUGGCCUUCUGGCUUUGCUGUCAAUGGGAUGUGUAUUUACGACAUUCCUCGUAAACGAUUUAAGAAUUAAUCAGCACGCCCCAAACGUAGAGACUCGUUCCGUACUGACUUAUUAUCCAACUCAUGCCCGGAUGGCUGUUUGGUUGCUCGGAACAAUUUUCGGCUACAUUCUUUAUAAGACGAAAUCUACUGGCGUUCAUCUAACAAAACGACAUUAUGCUAUUGGAUGGUCAACCUGCUUUGCGCUUCUUGGAUUGAUGGUGUACGCUUUAUAUGAGUUCGUACGAACUGAUUUCAAUGAGUUCUCCAAUGUAGCGGAUGCGUUCUACGAGGCACUUCACCGGUCCGUGUUUGGCAUUUGUGUCAUGUGGAUCAUAUUUGCUUGUGUGAAUGGUAUGGGUGGUUUGAUUAACGAAGUGUUAAGUUCUUCACUUUGGCAACCCUUGUCGAAACUUUCAUUUACGAUGUACUUGCUGCACGUACAACUGCUGUUGAUGGCCUCGAUAGCUCCUGUGAAAACGGAUGGCUAUUUCAGUGUGAUGGAUAUGUUCUAUCGCAUCUGGGGUGCUAUCGGGUUGACAACGAGUAUUGCAGUGCUUUGGAGUAGUAUAUUUGAAAUACCAUUUGUAACGUUAGAUAAACUCUUGCUCAGAAGCUGAAGCUAUUGAAAUGUAAUAAUGAAUGAUGUGAUGUGCUGUGGUAUGCACCUAACAAUUACCACGAAAUAUCGAAUAAAUUACAGUGUUAUGAAAUCAAUACAUAUUCAAUACAAA